CGUGCAUUCACAAUACAUACCAUUUACUAGAGAGAGGGACGAUCGUGCAAAUCCUCUAGUCCCCCACUACAUGCUAUUUAAUACUACCAAUACUGUUAACUGUACAGGGCUGUGAGAGGUACUAGAGAUGAGCAACCCACCACCGCCAAAAAAUGCCAUACACAUCCCGACAGCCGCAGAGCUUGCGCAGCGCAAUGCCGAGCGACGAGCACGGACAACCACCAACAAUAACAGCAAGUACUUCAACCCCACAUCAGCGCAACCACAACCACAUAGUACCAGCACACCCGCACCCAUAAAUGAUAGCAGUAAUAGCAGUUAUAAUAGUAUUAGUAGUAAAAACAAAAUAUCGGGUAGUGCAGUAUAUGGGAGUGUACAAAGUAAUGCAGGCUCGGGUGCGAGCUCAUCGGGUGGUGCUAGGGGGAGUAGGAAUGCGCAGGCGAAUGUACGUGAUACGACUAUAGGGGCCAGUGCACAACACAGUGGGAGUACGAGUUCAAGGAAACCUGCAGAUAGUACAAGAACACAGGCACAGGGAAGUAGUAGUAUGAAUACUCAGCCUACCAGCGCAAGUAAUACGAGUAAUGGGGGACAACAAACAGCUACGACAGGAACCGGUGCAAACCCCGGCGGGUCGUCUACCGGCAACUUCCAACAAUCGAAGCCUGUACCUGUGAAGGUCAGGAAUAUCAAUCCAAACGCAAUCACAGUUAAUCAACGGCAAAAAGGCAAUCCCAUUCUCAAACAUCUGCAACACACUGCAUACGAGUACGGCGACUGUUUACCAGACUACCAUAUAAGCCCGCACACAGCUAUAAUGUAUCUAAGUAUGCGCUUUCAUCUGUACCGUAGCAACUACAUCGGAGCCGCAGUGCGGUCGCUGGGACGUACGUACACGUUGCGAGUGCUUCUGCUGCACAUUGACGUGGAACAGUACCACACAGCGCUGGUGGAUCUGACGAAGUUGGCCACGCUCAAUGGGCUCACGCUUAUAUGUGCGUGGAGUCCAGAAGAAGCUGCCAGGUAUAUAGAAACAUUCAAGCGGUAUGAAAACAAGAACUCCGAUCUAUUGCAAGAAAAAGUGGAUGACUCGUAUCUGGCGCGUGCCACUGGCUUCUUGACUGAGGUCAAUUCCGUCAAUAGUACAGAUGUCAUCACUCUGCUGUCUGCCUUUGGGAGUAUCAAGGAUGUUGUUGCGGCAGACCAUCAAGAAUUGGCUGAGCUGCCGGGAGUGGGAGAUCAGAAGAUUCAUCGGAUAUACGAUGCAUUUAGGGCGCCGUUCGUUCCGAGUAAAGUUCCGGAAGAAGCCAUACAGCCCUGUCUAACGAUAGCCCCCACACCCAGCACAGCUGUACUAGCUAUCAGGGACAAAUAAAUGCUAAACCAGA